GCUGGGAGUUGUAGUUCCGGGGGUGAGGUUCUGCGUUAUCGUGUACACUUUUGGAAACCAAACUUCAAGUUAGAGAAGUUGCUUGAUGGCUCCACCCUCCUCACGGCUGGAGAGAAUUAAAGAGGAGGCGGGCCCAGUGGCCAGCUCUCUGAACCGCUACCGGCGAUGCUGUUGCUGUGGAUGUGGAUGAUCGCGGCCUCGGGGGUGGCUGCGCCGGCCCCCGGGUCGGAGGGGCAGAGGCCGCGGGCAGCUGGGGCGCCCAACGUGGUGCUGGUCGCGAGCGACGCCUUCGAUGGAAGGCUAACAUUUCAUCCAGGAAGUCAAGUAGUGAAACUUCCUUUUAUCAACUUCAUGAAGACGCACGGCACUUCCUUUCUGAAUGCCUACACCAACUCUCCAAUCUGCUGCCCGUCACGCGCAGCAAUGUGGAGUGGCCUCUUCACUCACUUAACACAAUCUUGGAAUAAUUUUAAGGGUUUGGACCCAAAUUAUACAACAUGGAUGGAUAUCAUGGAAAAGCAUGGUUACAGAACACAGAAAUUUGGAAAACUGGACUAUACUUCAGGACAUCACUCCGUUAGUAAUCGUGUAGAAGCAUGGACAAGGGACGUUGCUUUUUCACUCAGGCAAGAAGGCAGGCCGAUGGCUGACCUCAUCCCCAACAAGAAUAAAGUGAGAGUGAUGGAAAAGGACUGGAAGAUUAUAGACACAACGGUUGAUUGGUUAAGAACAGAAGGAAUUAAUGACACGAAACCAUUUGUUCUCUACUUGGGUUUAAAUUUGCCGCACCCUUAUCCUUCACCAUCCUCAGGAGAAAACUUCGGCUCUUCAACAUUUCGUACAUCUCUUUAUUGGCUUAAAAAAGUAUCUCCUGAUGUCAUCAAAAUCCCCAAGUGGUUGCCUCUGUCAGAAAUGCACCCUGUAGAUUAUUAUUCUUCUUAUACAAAAAACUGCACUGGGAAGUUUACAGACAAAGAAAUUAAGAACAUUAGAGCUUUUUAUUAUGCGAUGUGUGCUGAGACAGAUGCCAUGCUUGGUAAAAUUAUUUUGGCGCUUCGCCAGCUAGAUCUUCUUCGGAAAACUAUUGUCAUAUACACUUCGGACCAUGGUGAGCUGGCCAUGGAACACCGGCAGUUUUAUAAAAUGAGUAUGUAUGAAGCCAGCGCUCAUGUUCCACUUCUGGUCAUGGGACCAGGUAUUAAGGCCAACCUACAAGUGCCAAGUGUGGUUUCCCUUGUGGAUAUUUACCCUACUAUGCUUGACAUCGCUGGAAUUCCUCUGCCUCAGCACCUGAGUGGAUACUCUUUGUUGCCGUUAUCAUCAGAAGAGGUUAAGAAUAAACAUAAAUUUACAAACUUCCAUCCACCCUGGAUUCUGAGUGAAUACCACGGAUGCAAUGUGAAUGCUUCCACCUAUAUGCUUCGGACCAACCAGUGGAAAUACAUAGCCUAUUCUGACGGUGUUUCAGUAUUGCCGCAACUGUUUGAUGUUUCCUCAGAUCCAGAUGAACUAACAAAUGUUGCUACAAAAUUUCCAGAAAUUACUCAUUCCUUAGAUCAGAAGCUUCGUUCCAUUAUAAACUACCCUAAAGUUUCUGCUGCUGUCCACCAAUACAAUAAAGAGCAGUUUGUCCUAUGGAAACAAAGUCUGGGCCAAAAUUACUCAAAUGUUAUAGCAAACCUCAGGUGGCAUCAGGACUGGCUAAAGGACCCGAGGAAGUACGAAAGUGCGAUCAACCGGUGGCUUAAAGCCCACAGGACUCCAAAAACAGUUUGAAGAAAAUAAGAAAAUAAUGCUCCAGAGCUACAUAGAAAUAUGUUAAUGUUGGGGCUGGGGAUUUAGCUCAGCGGCAAAAGCACCUGCCUGCCAAGCGCAAGGUCUUGAGUUUGGUUCCCGGU